CAGCACGCCCCACUUCCCGCCCCCGCCGCCGGAGCCCGACGCUGCAGUGGCUCUUCCCGAAAGGUUCUUUCGUCCUGUGCGGCUCGCGGGCUCAGGACUCCCGGGGUCGGGGUGGGUCGGCUCAAGGGCCGGGCUCUGGGACGCAGGCACUGCCCCAGGUGAUAGUGCGGGAGCAUGGCCUUGCAGCUGGGCAGGCUGAGCAUCGGCCCCUGCUGGCGCGUGGCGCGGGGCGGCUGUGGAGGGCUCCGCGCCUGGUCCCAGUGCGGCGGCGGAGGGCUCCGAGCCUGGUCCCAGCACAGCGCAGCCAGACGCAGCUGUCGGCCCCCUGGCCCGGCUGGCACGGAGCAGAGCCGCGGGCUGGGGCACGGCCCGACGGCGAGAGGCGGGCCCUGGCUGGGGACAGGGCUGGCCGCGGCGCUGGCGGGGUUGGUGGGGCUGGCCGCCGCUGCCCUCGGGCAUGUGCAGCGGGCGGAGAUGGUGCCUAAGAGCUCGGGGACGCGGGCCCCUUCGCUGGGGAGGCCGGAGGAGGAGGAUGAGCUGGCCCGCCGCUGCAGCAGCUUCAUGGCCCCACCUGUGACCGACCUGGGCGAGCUGCGAAGGAGGCCAGGCGACAUAAAGACCAAGAUGGAGCUGUUGAUCCUGGAGACCCAGGCCCAGGUGUGUCAGGCUCUGGCACAGGUGGACGGGGGCGCCAGCUUUUCUGUGGACCGGUGGGAGAGGAAGGAAGGAGGUGGUGGCAUCAGCUGUGUACUUCAAGAUGGGUGUGUUUUCGAAAAGGCUGGGGUGAGCAUUUCUGUUGUUCAUGGAAAUCUUUCAGAGGAAGCUGCAAAACAAAUGAGAAGCAGAGGAAAAGUUCUGAAGACUAAAGAUGGUAAAUUGCCAUUUUGUGCUAUGGGCGUGAGCUCUGUUAUCCACCCCAAGAAUCCUCAUGCUCCUACUAUCCAUUUCAACUACAGAUACUUUGAAGUAGAAGAAGCUGAUGCCAGAGUUGCAAUCCACUUCCUGAUCCACCAGUGUACUGUUUCAUCACUCACUGCCCUGCAUAUCAUUCCUUGCAACAAGCAGUGGUGGUUUGGUGGUGGAUGUGACCUCACUCCAACAUACUUGAACCAAGAAGACGCUGUCCAUUUUCACAGAACUCUAAAGGAGGCUUGUGACCAGCAUGGUCCAGAGCUCUACCCCAAAUUUAAAAAAUGGUGUGAUGAUUACUUCUUUAUAGCCCAUCGUGGAGAGCGGCGCGGCAUUGGUGGUAUCUUUUUUGAUGAUCUUGACUCUCCGUCCAAGGAGGAGGUGUUUCGCUUUGUACAGAGCUGUGCCAAGGCUGUAGUUCCUUCUUAUAUUCCCCUUGUGAAAAAGCACUGUGAUGACUCAUUCACGCCCCAGGAGAAGCUGUGGCAGCAGCUCAGAAGAGGACGGUAUGUAGAAUUUAAUCUGCUGUAUGAUCGCGGCACAAAGUUUGGCCUCUUCACUCCAGGAUCCAGAAUUGAAAGUAUCUUGAUGUCUUUACCUCUAACUGCCCGAUGGGAGUACAUGCAUUCACCCUCAGAGAAUUCCAAAGAAGCUGAAAUUCUGGAAGUUCUGCGCCAUCCAAGGGACUGGGUGUGUUGAUGCAGGCAGAGUGGCCGUGCGGGGGUUUGGAGGGCACAGGAUGUGUGCUCCCCAUGCCACUGGCCGGCACUUCGCCACUGUGUGGCAGUUACCUGUGCCUUAGUCUUUUCCACUCUGCACCCCACCUCGUGGGCAGAUGGUAACAUGUUUUGGAUGCUGUCAGUGAUGAAUGGUGAGGUGGCAGAUUGUCAGAGUCAAUUGAUUACACCUCAUUUAUACUUGUAGUGUCAUUUUAUAUGACUAGUUUACAAAAUUGAACAUUGAGUUUCCAAGUAUUGAGAUAAGGGAAUGUAAAUAGUAUUAUAUAUAUCAGGAAAUUUCUCGUCUUGUUUUUGUUUCAUGUGUUUUUUAAAGUUUUCAUUUCUGCCAUAAAAAUCUGUCGUGGAAUACAUUUUGUUUUCAUUAAUUCAGUGAAGUUGACACUUCAGAGUAAUUUUAGAAUGCAACUUGAAGGUAACAAUUUCACUUUGUCAAUACUGAAGUCUCUGCUGUAAUCUUUAUACAUCUUUCUCCAGAGAACAUAGUAGUGUCAAGUAGAUAUAUAUUUUUAUAAUAGGUAUUUAGAAGCACUUGAAAUAUUCUUAAUCUCUGCAUGUGUUACAAUUCAGUUAUUUCUGUAGUUUGUAAACUCUAAAGUGACGUUACUAUUAAGAGAUGUGUAAGUUGUAAUUUUGAUUUUUGUGGAACCAUUGUUUGUUAAUGUUGAGAUUCUCUGCCCUUUUGAAUGUGAAAGCUUAUAUCCCUGAAUGCUGAUACUUAAAGUUUUCUAUUUCAGACAUCUCUAUGUGGAAGUUGAGACUAAGAAUAAUCCUAGGGAUGUCAUGAAUUUAGGCAAUGUUUCUCAUUUGGAAAAUGAAAUGAGAAAUAAUUUCCUUCUUUAAAGCAAACAUAUAUAGUAUGAGAAACUUGGAGGCAUUUCAUACACACAUUUCUUAGCAAAAUGGACACAUUGAAAAUGUCCUCUUUUUUAUAUUAGAGAUUCUGCAGCUCUUUGCUCUUAAGAGAAAAUCGCAACAGGAUUCUUAAUGUGUGACUUCUUUGUUCAUAUAAUAAUAUGAAUGUAUUAUUUUAUUUGCUUCAUAAUAAAGUUUAUAAGGAACAGCAUCUCAUACAUAUCAUUAUCUUGGAACACGUUGAAUCUAUGUGAUUGUGUGUGGCCUUUUUAGGGCUGGAAAAUGUAUGAAUUCUUCAACUGUCUUAUAACACAUCUAAUAAAUUUUAUUAUGAAAUAAAACUAAGAAAUAUUUAUAUUUUUUGUUGCCAGGAUAAUAUAGGAAAAUGCAAAUAUUUCUUAGUACAGUUGAUCCUUGAACAACAUUAGGGCGAGGGGCCCCAACUCCUCCUUACUACACGCAGUUUCAAAUGCUUGUAUAACUUUUGACUCUCCCAAAAGUUAAUCACUGUUAGCCUACUGUUGACUGGUAGCCUGACCAAUAACAUAGUCAAUUCACACAUGUUUUGUGUUAUAUGUAUUAUAUACUCUUCUUACAAGCUAAAAAAAUGAAAAUGUUAUUAAGGAAAUCAUAAGAAAGAAGAUAUAUUUGCUAUUCAUUAGGUGGAAGUGAAUGAUCGUAAAGGUCUUCAUACUCAUUGACUUCAUGUUGGGUAGGCUUAGUGGGAGUGGUAAGAAGAAGAGUAGGUCUUGCUCUCUAAAGGGUGGCAGAGGUGGAAGAAAAUCUGUGAAGCAGCAAAACUGUGCAGUUCAAACCUGUGUUCAAGGCUCAACUAUACUAAUGCCAGAGUUCCUGAUUCCUAGGUAUUUUACUCAAGAAAAAUGCAAGUUUUGUACUCAGUUUUCACAGCAGCUUUAUUCAAUGGUUGAAAAUUAGAAACAGCCCAAAUGGCUAACAGCAGGUGAGCAGAUAAACAACUUGUGAUAUAUGCAUAUAU